CUUAACUUGUUGCAAAAACAACGCUACAGACAAGUAUCCGUCUCCUAUAAAAUGUAAAAACACCGGACUCCUACUACUGCACACUCACAAACCGUGACAGUACAGCGGAGGAGCCGGCGAUAAACCCAAAAAAGAAUAAUUAGGGCGUAGGGUUUCAACAAAACUGAAAACAAAAUUAAGAGACAGCCAUGGAGAUUGUCUUCGCCAGUGCCUCGACUAUUACUGAUCAGAGGCAAAAGAUCGAACAGUACAAACACAUUCUCAGCUCUGUUAUUUCUUCUAACGACAUUGUUCAAGCCAAGAAAUUCAUCGAUCACAUGUUGUCAGACGACGUACCGUUGGUAGUGUCGAGGCAGCUAUUGCAGACUUUUGCUCAUGAGUUAGGGAGGUUGGAGCCGGAGACGCAAAAGGAGAUUGCCCAUUAUACACUUGCUCAGAUUCAGCCUCGGGUUGUUUCUUUCGAAGAACAGGUGUUAAUAAUUAGAGAGAAACUUGCUGAACUAUACGAGUCAGAACAACAAUGGUCAAAGGCAGCUCAGAUGCUCAGUGGCAUUGAUCUAGACUCUGGAAUGAGGGUUAUUGAUGAUUCAUUCAGAUUAUCAAAGUGUGUCCAAAUCGCUCGCUUAUAUCUCGAGGAUGAUGAUGCAGUUAAUGCAGAAGCUUUCAUCAAUAAAGCAUCUUUUUUGGUUAGCAACAGCCAGCAUGAAGUGUUGAACUUGCAAUACAAGGUGUGUUAUGCAAGAAUUUUGGAUUUAAAGAGGAAGUUUUUGGAAGCAGCACUACGUUACUAUGACAUAUCUCAAAUUGAGAAGAGACAAAUAGAAGAUGAAACCAUUGAUGAGGAAGCAUUGGAGCAAGCUCUAUCUGCUGCUGUGACAUGUACUAUCUUGGCUGCUGCUGGUCCUCAACGUUCACGUGUUCUUGCUACUUUGUACAAGGACGAACGAUGCUCGAAGUUAAAAAUUUAUCCUAUAUUACAAAAGGUGUAUUUAGAGAGAAUUUUGAGAAAACCAGAAAUUGAUGCAUUUUCUGAGGAACUCAAAGCACAUCAGAAAGCACUUUUACCAGACAAUUUCACUGUACUGGAUCGUGCUAUGAUUGAGCACAAUCUUUUGAGUGCUAGCAAACUUUACACAAAUAUAAGCUUUGAAGAGUUGGGCACCUUGCUGGGAAUUCCUCCACACAAGGCAGAGAAGAUAGCAUCGAGAAUGAUUUACGAGGAUAGAAUGAGGGGAUCGAUCGACCAGGUGGAAGCAGUCAUACAUUUUGAAGAUGACACUGUAGAGCUGCAACAAUGGGAUCAACAGAUUGUUGGAUUGUGUCAAGCACUGAAUGAUGUCCUCGAUAGCAUGGCAAAGAAGGGCUUGUCUAUUCCUGUCUGAUCUGCUUUUUUUUUUUAUAUGGCCAGUUACAAGAUUAAGAUGGAUUGCUUAGCUUAUAUGUGCUCAAAAGCAGAAAAGCUAAUUUCCCAUGGGUUUCUCAUUAUUUUUGUGAAGCUAAAAUACUUUGGAAGUUUUAUCUGCUUGUUUAUCGUGUCAAUAAUCAAUAUUCAUUGAGCAGCACAACUUACAGCAA